UUUAACUGCCCAUUCCCGUCUCCGUGUCGUCUUCUUCCGCGCGGCGCGAGCCGGUUCGCGCGUUGGUACACAGCUGUGGGCGUAGAUCCAUCUCGACCCUUCGGCAGCAUUCCCGGCCUACCCACCGGCCCGUACAGCGGCGGCCACGUGCCUCCGCCGCCGCCGCCGCCGCUGCAGUACAAAGACAGCCGUGUCCCUGCCCUGCCCAUCCAUCUCUCCCCAGACAACACCUGCGACUUCAACUCUGCAAGCACCGCACACUCAAAGGAUCAGGCCGGCGUGGGGAUUUGUUUGGAGGUCCGACGAGACCGAUCGAGAUGCUCGCGGUGUUCGGCAGGGAGGUGGCGCCGUGCCCGGAGGGGCUCCAGCAGCCGGGCGAGGCGGGCGGCGGCGCGGCGGGGCUCGCGGACGCGUUCCGGGAGGCGCGCCCCGGCGCCGUCAGCGUCUGCCUCGGCGGCGGCUCCGCCAUGGCGUAUUCGUCCCAUGACCAGAGCCCUCUCCUCCCCAGGCUGUUUGGUGUCGUGGACGACAUGUACUGCUUGUUCCAAGGCGCGAUCGAGAACUUUGCGGUGCUGAAGCAGCAAUACGCGCUGAGCAAAGUCGCCACUGAGGUCAACCUCGUCAUCGAGGCUUACAGAACCUUGAGGGACAGGGGACCGUACCCUGCAGACCACGUUGUGAGAGAUAUAAGUGGGAAAUUUGCCUUCGUGCUGUACGAUCGCUCAACCAGUUCGGUCUUCAUGGCUGUGGAUGCGGAUAGUAGUGUCCCAUUUUACUGGGGAGUUGAUUCCAAGGGCCAUCUUGUGGUCUCUGAUGAUGCCGAAACAGUGAGGAAGGCCUGUGGAAAAUCAUUUGCACCAUUCCCCAAAGGUUUCUUCUUCACGACGUCCGGGGGAUUGCAGAGCUACGAGCAUCCAUUGAACGAGGUGAAGCCGGUGCCGAGGGUCGACAGCAAAGGGGAGGUGUGCGGCACAACUUACACGAUCAAUGAGCAGGCCAAGAAGGAUAUCGCCAGCAUCCCUAGGGCUGGGAGUGCUUCAGACUGGUCUUCUCAAUACUAAAUCUGUAUAGAUAUCGUCAGAACUAAACUAUAUGUAAUGAGUUGAAACCCUGCUGCAGUAGUGCAGUCAGAUGGUAAUAAUUGGGCUUCUUGGGACAUCCAAGCUCUGGUGUGCCCUUUGCCUCGUACCCUUGUGCUUGUGCUAGUGUAUCUGAAUAAUACUACGAAGGAAGAAAGGGCAGAUAAAAGGGCAGAACCUUUGCAGUGUGUAAAUAUAUGUUCUGUUCACUGCAAUGCUGAACUAUAUUGUUACAAAAAUAAGGUGACCUGCAUUUGUACGGAGUACUUGCUA